AUGUAUAGAUUAUGGCAAACGUAUACUGUCCAUACUCCUUUGUCGUCUUUGAGCACGUAUAGUCUAGAAAAGGCUGCCAGCCUACCAGAUAUUACUGAUAGUUUGCGUAGCGUUCUGGUUGAAAAAGAGAACUUACCGAACGAGAAUGAACUUGGUCGCAUCGUAAGAGGAAUCUUUCAAAGCGUAAAAAAGACUCAGGAAACCGUGAAAAUAGAUGGGUCAACAAAAAAACGAUGGGUGUACAGCAACCUUGUAGAAUGUGCAUCUCAAACAAAAUUGGCUUGGAGCGACAUAAUUACAUCGUACUCACCUCCGAAACCAGAAACAUCGCUUAUGUGCUGGGUUCAAAAUAAAUGCGGAAGCGAUUGCGUCCAGUGGAUGAUUAUACCCUCUGAUUGCACAUGUGAUGGUAAACGACUCAUUAGAGAGCUUAGACUUUACAAAAAUUCAUCGUACGAGUUUUAUGUGAUGUCGCAGAAAGUCAGCAACGGUUCCUUCGGCCAUAAUGUGGAAACCUUUAUUCCCACUAAAGAAUUCCUCGACAAUUUGUUUGAAUUUUGCGCAGCAGUCCCACUAUGCCGAGGGUUUGAAGUAGACGUGGAAAAAAGCACCCAUGACAGACACGGCAACAUUGUAGGUUCCGCAAAACGAUGGGAAAGUACGUCUACAGAUCAAACAUCUCUCAGACAUUCUUCUAAGAAUUGUUGCAUGGUGCUAAGUGUUACGGGGCAUUCGGUAAUCUGCAAAUGCUGUGCCAACGUCAAAUUUAAUAGUUUUUAUAAGACUUUGAAACCUCGCGAUGUAAAUGUAGACCAUAAACGAAAAAGAGAAUCAUUUAUGACACAGGAGGAACUUCUGGACAAAUUACAUGAAGAAAAGAAACAGAGAAUAAAUGCGGAAAGGAGGGAAAAAUACGCAAAAGAAAAGGUCUUGGAAGAAAUGAAAGUAUUCCAUUCGGAUGAUCAUUCUGAUUUCAAAACUUUGUUUGAUAAGAUUGAAGAGAGCUCCUUAAACUCGGAAAUUAAGCUAUUUUGGGAAGUUCAACGUGAUGUUCUAGCUACCCCAAACUCCAAGGGUUAUAGAUGGCAUCCUAAGUAAGUAUAAAAUAUUUUUCAAAAACUCAUUAAUAAUUCAUGAGAAAAACACAAAGAGAAAUCGUGAGCGUAGCGUGUCUUUAUAUGUGAUAAAACACGCUUCAAAUUUUAACUUGUAUUUUCUCAGCUAAUACAAAGUUAUUUUGGAAAAUUAUUUCGCCAAUUCCGUGAUCUAACUGAGACGUUUUGAAGCUGUUUAAUAAACUCGUAGUUCGUGUUUUAUCACAUAUAAAACACUCCGCUACGCGUCGUGUUUUAUAUGUGAUAAAACACUCCUGCUCAUUUAUUAAACAGUACAUAACAGACGCAUAGAUAUCGAUGCAUAUGGUAAAAAUUACUCUUAUAGAUUUGGUGAAAAGUAAGUAGUCUUGUAGACAUAUUAAUAAGGACCUUAUAAUUAUGCGACGUGCAUUUUGAUAUAUGCAGCGAUCUGCAUGCAUGCAACCUCUCUCCUCCGCAGAGGUUAUUUAUUCUAUUUAUAAUGUUCUUCGGCUCUCUUCGGAUAGUUCUCGGAGUUAAUCGCGAUAGGGCGCUGGACAAAACUAACGCGGGUGAAGACGAAAAAGAAAGCGAGCGAAAAAAUAACAGUAAAAAAUAUAAGUUAUUUUUUCGCUCGCUUUCUUUUUUUGUCUUCGCCCACGUUAGUUUUGUCCAGCGCCCUAUCGCGAUUAACUCCGAGAACUAUCCGAAGAGAACCGAAGAACAUUAUAAACAGAAUAAAUAACCUCUGCGGAGAAGAGGCAUGCAACCAUGUAAACUGACCUGACGUCUUGGAUUCACGACGCGUCUUAAGCCCGUUCUCCACUACGCGAAGCGAAAAAACAAAUCUUGGCAAUGUGAUUGGUCAGCGAAAAAAGUUGGAUCAGUUCCUACUUUUUUACUGUUUGCGCGAACAAAUUCGCCUAUUGGAGAACUGGCUUCAGAAUUGUAUGCUGAGUGGUUAUAUUACUACCUGAAAUAAACAAGCAGAAACGAGUUACGUCAAGUUUCUGCUUGUUUAUUUCAGGUAGUAAUAUAACCACUCAGCACAGCAAUCAGUUCACAUUGGUACUAUACCCACACUGGUACCGACAGUUUUAGUACUUUAGAAUUGUAGCGAGUCGUAGAAUCUUAAUGUCUUUAAUAUUUGUAUAGUCUUAUUAUGAGUUUGUGUAUGAAAACGAGACCUUUUCAUAUAGAAUUAUUCGCCUUUGUCUUUCCAUUUGGAGCCGGAGUCCAGAGGCUUAUUCCCAAUUGAAAGCUAGUGGAAUGCUGAAACUUCCAUCUGGUAGACUGCUUUCCAUGUACAAGAAUUCUGUGAGUCAAAAACCAGGAUUAAAUGAUGAUGUGAUGCAAUGGUUGCUACAUGAAGCAGACAAAUUAAACUUGGAUUCAUUUGGGAGGGAAGGAGGUCUUAUAUUAGAUGAAAUGGCGAUUCAGGUAUACAUUCUGUUCGAUAAUUCUGUUCGAUAAACGCGAGUACAAUACGUAUGCGACGCAGGCUAGUAUUCUUAUGUGUAAAGUAAUGAAAUCUGGUAGUUUAAAAAUCGAUGACGAUUCGUGAUCAUUAUUUCUAUUCUGUAACACAGACAAUUAACAACAAAUGAAAAAUUUGAAUGUUUUAACAGGAAGAUUUACAACUCAAAACAGCUAAUGGAGUUUCAACAUUGGUUGGCCUUGUUGACCUCGGCAACGAUAACGAUAUGAUGAAUGGUAUAAAUACAGGUGCAAUACUUGUUUGUAUUUAUAUGUAUCCCAUCAUUUGUGUAUAGAACGUUUUUAAUAUGGCUGCCGAUGAUAUACUAGAACUUCGCAGUAGUGAUUUAUUAGGUCUAAAGGCGCUGUUACACCAUGCAACUUCUUUCAAUGACAAUGGCUUUAUUUUUAGAAUUGCCUUUUUACGAUGUUACAAUAUGCAAUUUGUCUUGCAACUUGUCUCGCAAUCAUAAGUGAUGUAGGCAGAUAGCGAGUUUUGAUUGGCUGAUCAACAAAGCCAUUGCGAAACAAGUUGCAAGAGGCAUGUUACAUUAUGCAAUUUCUUCGAAGUGCGUUGCCGCAAUCAUUGCGAAAAAUAUAACCUACUUCUACUUCGUGAAACGCUUCAUGCAGCAAAAAUAUUGCGAGACUUGAUGAUUGAUAUGCACUUUGUCUCGCAACUUGUGUCGCAACAAAAUUGCGAGACAAGUUGCAUAAUGUAACAGCGCAAUACGUUCGCAUGCAUAUAAUGCACUUCACUCAGAAACUGUAGAGGAGCAAUAUUAUUGCAUUAAAUGCAUCCAACAAGAGCAACAACAUGACUCAUAAAAUGAUUAUCCGUGCAUGUUAUGAAUAACUUAUCUGUUCUAUUCACCAGGUGCUAAGAAGGUUGACUUGGCUUCUCAUGUGUUACAGUUCGUCUUUAUCGGCAACACUGGAUUCCGUUUCCCAUUUGCUCAUUGGCCUACCAAAGAGGUUGAUCCAAGCACUCUAUACAUCUUAUUCUGGAAAGCAGUAUUCUGGUUGUUGAAAGGAGGAAUAAACAUCCGAUAUUGUUGUGCUGACGGCGGUGAGGCAAACAGGAGUCUCUUUAAAAUGCAUUUUAAUGGAAAAGAUCCUGUUAAAGAAAAAUUCACAGUGAUAAAUCCAUACACAAAGGAGCCUUUGUUUUUCAUCAUGGAUAUUGCAGUAAGUACAUCUGUUUACAUUGAUCUGUUAAAUUAAAUCAUACUCUUAGCACUCUGCUGAAAUACACAAUAUGUCCAAUGCCACAAAUUAACAAUCUUCAGAAUCAUAUAUCACUCCAUGCAACCGCUACAUAAUUAUGUUGUUGGUUCCUAUACCAUUAAUGCAUGGAAUAUUGUAUCUUUUUUUUUCUCAGCAUAAUGUAAAGAAGUUAAGAAAUAAUGUUUUAAAAAGCACACAUAAAGGAACAAGGAACCUCACUGUAGAAGGGCAGCCAAUCUCAUGGAAGCAGUGGGUGGAUGCUUUUGAGUGGGAUCAGAAGACAAACUCCCUUCCAGUUCAUCAUCGGCUGACGGUCAACCAUUUCGAGUUAGGCUAUGCAACUAAGAUGAGAAAUCAUUUGGCAGAACAAGUUCUGAAUCGUGACAUGCUUAACUUGAUGAAGGUAAAAGUGAAACAUUGGAGAAUGAUAACUACAGUACUGCCAAGAAAUAACUUAUCAAAAACCGCGUCCAAGACGCGGGUAUCUUGCGUCCACUGUGCGUCCACUGUGCGUCCACGUCUAAGAACUGUUUCAUGGGUAUGACAUCCUGACUAAAAACAUAAAAUAUGAAAAUUACUUCCAGCAUGACACAGCUAGCUCUUAGUUGGUCCCCCUGUUCCUGCAGUCAGGUGCAAUCAAAGUAUCAAUGAUUGAUAACAAAAUAGCCUAUGUAGGUAUAUAUCAAAAGUUAGACUAAGAAUAUCUUACUAAAGUAGAAAAUUGUUUGUUACAAAUGUAAUACAACAUGUCAUUCUUACUUUUUAAAGGUAUUUCAAGAAAAUCUGAGCAAACAGAUGGGCAGACCAGUACACGAUUUAGACAAGGCAAUACAUUUCCUUCAAGCAACAAGCACCUUAAUAGAGAAUUUGAACAGCCAUCAACCAUAUACCAGCAUGGCCGACCACCGUUUUGAUGAAAUUUUGAUGUCACUUAAGUGGUUUCAAACCUGGGAAGAAGAAGUAAAGUCAACUGAAGGGAUGAGAGCUACAGAUAGGAACAAGCUUUUCAUAUCCAACAAAACCAUGUUUGACGUUUCAUCAUCUGUAAUUGGAUUUACAGAGUUUUGCAAAUAUUCAUUUCAACACCAUUCAUGCUGUAAUGUGUAUGCUCAUCGGCUAAAUAGCAAUAUUGUUGAAAACGUUUUUUGUCAACAACGUGGUCGUAAUGGACAGAAUAAUAACCCAACAUACUCGCAGUAUGGUCCAACCAUGAACAGUAUUUUAAUGGGACAAACAUCUACGACAAAGAAAAGUAACACUGGAAAAGUUGAUAGUUUGUCAUUUUACAAGCCAAACAAACUGCCAGUAAAUAGAAGCAAGAUAACAAAAGUUUGA